UUUGCUUCGUCAAAACGACAAAGACUCAAAGAUAAGAAGCUAAUACGUCCCCUCUCUCUCUCUCUCUCUCUCUCUAGAACUCACAGUCACUCACACCUUCUCCCUACCUGCCUCCUUUCCCAAUCUCCAUUUCCGUCUCUCUCACAUAUACAUACACACAUACAGUACAAGAAUAGUUACGUACAGGCACGUUCUUUUUGUACAGACCUCAUUGUCACGCCGACCAGUGCUGGAAAAACUCACAAGGAAGAAAUUCUCUAGAACUUGAGGUUAAAGUAAUGAAUCCAUGAUUAACAGUUUCUCGGGUUUGGAGUUUGUUUUACAGCUCAUUUUAGUUGAGAUACGAAGUUUGGGAUACAAUUUCCCUUGAUUUUGAGUUCGAAUCAGAUCCGUGAUUAAGAUUGAUGUAAUGCUUUUGUACCAAAAGUUUCCAUCUUUCGACACAAAUGCCAUGUGUUUAGCAAGUUCUGUUGUCUAUUGCUCUUUAGAUUGUUUUGAACUUUUGAUGAUCUUUCAAUUGAGGAUAUAUUUUAUAUGGUAGUGAAAUUAUUGUAGAUCAAUGUUUGUUUCUUUAUUGGGAAAAAUCACGCACAUUUACAUGAUCUAGUGAGGUUUUUUGAAUGAAGUGGCAAAGAAAAAUGUCAAUGGCAAUGACAAUUUUGGGUAGUUGAAUAUAUUUCCAAUUCUCUAUUGGGAGAAGCUAGCUGUGAAUUGAAUGCGAAAAUGCCGGGUAGUAGAAGGAGAGGGAUUCAUCUUAGCAAGUUGUAUUCUUUCUCUUGUUUACGGUCUCCGUUUAGAGAUGAGCAUAGACAAAUUGGGAAAAAGGGUUAUUCGAGGGUUGUGUAUUGCAAUGAUCUGGAAAAUCCGGCGGCUGUUCAGCUAAACUACGGCGGUAAUUAUGUUUCCACUACGAAGUAUACAGCCUGGAAUUUUAUCCCCAAGGCGUUGUUUGAGCAAUUUAGACGGGUUGCAAACAUGUACUUUCUUGUGGUGGCUUGUGUUUCGUUUAGUCCGUUGGCUCCGUACUCGCCUAUCAGCGUUCUUGCGCCUUUGAUGGUGGUGAUUGGAGCUACGAUGGUGAAGGAAGCCGUGGAAGAUUGGAGGCGUAGAAAGCAGGACAUAGAGGCCAACAACCGAAAGGUCAAAGUAUUUGAUAGUAAGAGUGGUUCUUUCACUGACACCAGAUGGAAGAAACUACGUGUUGGUGAUCUUGUUAAGGUUUACAAGGAUCAAUAUUUCCCUGCUGAUUUGCUUUUGCUUUCAUCUAGCUACGAGGAUGGAGUUUGUUACGUUGAAACCAUGAACCUUGAUGGAGAGACUAAUCUGAAGUUGAAACAUUCGUUGGAUGUCACAGCCCCUCUACGUGAUGAAACUUCUUUGCAGAAUCUCAAGGCAGUGAUCAAGUGUGAGGACCCAAAUGAAGAUCUGUAUUCCUUUGUCGGAUCAUUGUGCUAUAAUGGUCAAGAACUCGCGCUUUCCCUACAGCAGAUUCUUCUAAGAGAUUCUAAACUCCGGAAUACAGAUUAUAUUUAUGGAGUUGUUGUGUUUACUGGGCAUGACACGAAAGUGAUGCAAAAUGCAACAGAUCCUCCUUCUAAAAGGAGUAAGAUUGAGAGGAGGAUGGAUAAGAUUGUAUACAUCCUUUUCAGUGUACUUAUUUUGGUUUCUGUUGUCGGGUCUUUUGUUUUUGGAGUUGAAACUAAGAAAGACAUUCGUCGGGGAAAGCUUCGAAGGUGGUAUCUUCGGCCAGAUGAUACAAAAGUGUUAUAUGACCCCAAAAGAGCUUCACUGGCUGCAUUUCUUCAUUUUUUGACGGGCCUUUUGUUGUAUGGGUAUUUAAUACCGAUAUCGCUGUAUGUAUCCAUUGAGAUUGUAAAGGUUUUGCAGAGUAUAUUCAUCAAUCAAGAUCAGGAGAUGUAUGAUGAGGAAACUGAUCGACCUGCGCAUGCACGGACUUCUAACCUGAAUGAGGAACUAGGUCAAGUGAAUACUAUACUGUCUGACAAAACAGGUACUUUGACGUGCAACUCUAUGGAGUUUGUUAAAUGUGCAAUUGCGGGCAUUGCUUAUGGCCGUGGCAUGACAGAAGUGGAGAGAGCGCUGACAAUGAGAAAAGGGGUUGGCGAUACUUCCUCAGACUUACUGGGAAGUACUGGUCAUUCAGUGGAAUCGGGGAAGUCAAUUAAGGGUUUCAAUUUUAGAGAUGAACGUAUCAUGAAUGGGCAGUGGGUUAAUCAACCUGAUUCAGAUUUCAUACAAAAGUUCUUUCGGGUAUUGGCAAUAUGUCAUACAGCCAUUCCAGAUGUGGACAAUGAAUCAGGUGAGAUUACGUAUGAGGCUGAGUCACCAGAUGAAGCUGCCUUUGUCAUUGCUGCGAGGGAGCUUGGCUUUGAAUUCUUUGAAAGAAAACAAACGAGCAUCUCAUUGCACGAAUUGGACAAUGAGAGCGGUAACAAGGUUGACAGGUCUUACCAGCUUCUUCAAGUCUUAGAGUUCAGUAGCGCUCGUAAAAGAAUGUCUGUAAUUGUAAGGAAUCCGGAGAAUCAACUGUUACUCCUUUGCAAGGGUGCUGAUAGUGUAAUGUUUGAAAGGCUCUCGGAAAAAGGACGAUUAUUUGAGGCUGAGACCAGGGACCAUAUCAAAAACUACGCUGAGGCAGGUUUACGUACGUUGGUAGUUGCAUACCGUGUUUUAAGUGAAGAAGAGUACAGACAAUGGGAAGAAGAGUUCAUAAAGGCCAAAACUUCCGUCAGUGAAGACCGAGAUGCAUUGGUGGAUGCUGCAGCUGAUAAGAUUGAAAGAAAUUUAAUUCUCCUUGGUGCUACAGCUGUUGAGGACAAACUGCAAAAAGGGGUUCCCGAGUGCAUUGACAAGCUAGCAAAGGCCGGGAUUAAGAUAUGGGUCUUAACUGGCGACAAAAUGGAAACUGCAAUUAAUAUUGGAUAUGCUUGUAGCUUAUUAAGACAAGAAAUGAAGCAGAUAGUGAUCACACUAGAUGAGCCAGAUAUAAAAGCAUUGGAAAAACAAGGGGACAAGGAAGCCAUUGAUAAGGCUUCAAUUCAAAGUGUACAAGAACAAAUAAGAGAAGGACUAGAUCAAGUUGGUUCGGUUAAAGAACGUUCUGUCUCAUUUGCUUUGAUAAUCGAUGGCAAGUCCUUAGCUUAUGCUCUCAACAAGAAUCUAGAGAACUCAUUCUUGAAGCUUGCCACUAAAUGUGCUUCUGUUAUUUGCUGUCGCUCGUCACCCAAACAGAAAGCGCUUGUUACGAGAUUGGUGAAAAGGGGAACUGGUAAGACAACAUUAGCAGUUGGCGAUGGGGCAAAUGACGUUGGCAUGCUUCAAGAGGCUGAUAUUGGAGUUGGCAUUAGUGGUGUUGAGGGGAUGCAGGCUGUGAUGGCAAGUGAUUAUUCAAUAGGUCAAUUCCGUUUUCUUGAACGACUGUUGUUGGUACAUGGCCAUUGGUGUUACAGGCGAAUAUCAAUGAUGAUAUGCUACUUCUUCUAUAAGAACAUAGCAUUUGGCUUUACACUUUUUUGGUUCGAGGCCUAUGCUUCCUUCUCUGGCCAACCUGCAUAUAAUGACUGGUACAUGUCAUUCUACAACGUCUUCUUCACUUCACUUCCUGUGAUUGCUCUAGGUGUGUUCGAUCAGGAUGUUUCUGCGCGACUUUGCCUCAAGUAUCCUAUGCUGUAUCAAGAGGGAGUACAGAACAUCCUCUUCAGUUGGCCCCGCAUACUUGGCUGGAUGUGCAAUGGGUUUAUCAGUUCCAUGAUCAUCUUCUUCUUCACUUCCAACUCCUCCAUUCCCCAGGCCUUCCGAAAAGACGGUCAACCAGUUGACUACCAAGUCCUCGGUGCUACCAUGUACACUUCCGUGGUGUGGACUGUCAACUGCCAAAUGGCCCUUUCCAUUAACUACUUCACUUGGAUCCAACAUCUUUUCAUUUGGGGCAGCAUUGCCUUUUGGUAUGCAUUUUUAGUCAUCUAUGGUUCCCUCAAUCCAACGGUAUCUACUACAGCGUAUCAGGUUCUAGUGGAAGCUUGUGCUCCUAGUCCUUUCUAUUGGCUUGUGACCCUUCUCGUCGUCGUUUCCACUCUGCUUCCUUACUUUUCAUAUAGAGCUUUCCAAACUCGGUUUCGACCUAUGUACCAUGACAUCAUUCAAAUCAGACGUUUGGAGGGUUCGGAGACUCAGAUUUCUAGUGAGUUACCUGCGCGGUUGGAGGACAAAAUAUUUCAUCUGACGGAGAGAUUAAGUCGUCGGGAGUUAUGAAACAGAGUACAUUUUCCGUUAUGUGAUUAGUUUUUUUUUUUCUUUUCUUUUCUUUCGUUUUUCUUGUUUUGUUCCAUGUACAUGUUGAAGUAGCAUUUGAACAAAUAGGUCUAUAGUACAAAUAUAUGUAGUUUUGCAAGGUGAAGCAUAGGUAUUAGGACAUACAUCAUGUGCCUUUCAAUGUUUCAGUUUUUGUUGUUCCUGGAAGAAGAAAAUUGGCUCGAUUUAUUGUUUCAA